AGUGCAGACAGCCCAUAGCAGCCAGCUGGUAUGAACCACUUAGCCAGUGGUUAACAUUUCUUAUUUUUUCAUAGGAACAUAUUAACCGCCAUUUACAUCCACACCCUCUUUGACAGGUAUAGUUCAUUUUCAUUUAUAUAGGUAUGGCGGUUAUACGCUUUGACAGUAUUUUGUCGGCGUAGCUAGCAAGGUAGCUAGUUAGGUGAAGUUGAUAGCACUGAAUAUCAUCAACGCUAGCUAGCUAAGUUACAGCGGAUUCUUACAAGCUGGAAUCAAACAACCUCACCGUCAGCCAUGGGAAUACUGUUUACAAAGCUAUGGAGGCUUUUUAAUCACCAAGAGCACAAAGUAAUUAUUGUGGGCCUGGACAAUGCAGGAAAGACUACAAUUCUUUACCAAUUUUCAAUGAAUGAGGUAGUACACACGUCCCCUACAAUUGGGAGCAACGUGGAGGAGAUCGUCGUCAAUAACACCCAUUUCCUCAUGUGGGACAUUGGGGGUCAGGAGUCUCUUAGGUCAUCGUGGAAUACAUAUUACACAAACACCGAGUUUGUAAUUGUGGUGGUUGACAGCACAGACCGGGAAAGAAUCUCUGUGACUAAAGAAGAACUCUACAAAAUGCUAGCACAUGAAGACUUAAGAAAGGCAGGGCUGUUGAUUUUUGCCAACAAACAGGAUGUAAAAGGCUGCAUGUCUGUGGCUGAGAUCUCCCAGAGCCUCCAACUUACCUCCGUCAAAGACCACCAGUGGCACAUCCAGGCCUGUUGCGCCCUCACAGGAGAGGGGUUGUGCCAGGGUCUUGAGUGGAUGAUGUCACGGCUGCGUGUGAGAUGAUGACCUUGAUGACUUUGUUUAGGACUGCACUUUGUUUUUGUUUUUUUUUCCCCCUGCCUCUUGACAUAAGAAUGGAGGUGAGGUCAGGUGAUGGACGGCCCUCUCCUCUUCAUUCUUUCACGUACAGCUGGUAUGGGCAGACCGCUGGCAGGACAUAUUCUUUUGUGAUAAUUUAUUUUAAAGAGACAUUUGAACU